UGAGCCACAACAGUUAAGACCUCACUGGCUGGAGUCUCAACACUGCUGUUAGAGGGAAAUUCAGCAAGAGCAUGAGAGACACACAGAUAGAGACCGAGACACACAGAAACAAAGACAGACAGACAGAGAGUGACAGGAAGAGCUAGAGAGACAGAGAGAGGGAGACACUGUUGCUCCAGUGAAAGUGUGUCAGAGAGUGAAACAGAGAUUGAGAAAGACUGAGAAAGAAAAGGAGACAGACAAACUAAAGAAAGAGAGAGAAAGCUCAAAGGGAUCUUUGCUAGUGAGCAGGUUUUCUCCUCAGAGUAUGGUGGCAAAGAGCACAUGGAUUUAGUAGAGCUGUACCUCCCUGAGUGUUUCACCUAUCACUCUGACACUGAUGGCUACUGUGAUAUUGACGGUCAAUUUGAGGUGCAGACCGAGAAUGUCAAGUUGCCAGCCACAACGAAAGACUCCUUGGCAGGAUGUCAGUGAGGGGCUUGGACCCCCCCUGUCCCCCUUCCAUAAAGCAUGAGCCCUCCAGCCCCAGCUCCCAGGGUGACAGUCCAGCCCAACCCAGUCCCGGGGGAUCCUCCUCGGACACCAACUCCAGCUAUGGCCCCCUGGGCAAGGGCCACAACCGCACCAACGGCUUGGACUCACAAGGGCUCUAUGGAAACAAAGCGGGCAUGGGGAACAACGGCACAGCCAACAGGCGGUUGUGUGGUGAGGAUGGCCAAGUGAAGUGUGAGUUCAUGCUGGGUUCUGUGGCUAAGAGGCUGUGUCUGGUGUGUGGAGACGUGGGGUCCGGGUACCACUACGGAGUGGCCUCCUGUGAGGCCUGCAAGGCCUUCUUCAAGAGGACCAUUCAGGGUAACAUCGAGUACAGCUGCCCGGCCACCAGUGAGUGUGAGAUCACCAAGCGGAGGAGGAAGUCGUGUCAGGCCUGUCGCUUCAUGAAGUGUCUGAACGUCGGGAUGAUGAGAGAAGGUGUGCGCCUGGACCGGGUGCGUGGGGGCAGACAGAAGUACAAGAGAAGGAUAGACUCUGAGAACAGCCCCUACCUCAACCCUCAACACGGCCUGCCACAGAAGAGAACAUUUCCUCUAGGUGGUCUGGUAGAGAAUAAGGUGGUCUCUCUCCUGCUGGUGGCUGAACCAGAGAGUAUCUUUGCCAUGCCGGAUCCCACCGUCCCCGACAGUGACAUCAAAGCCCUGACCAUACUGUGUGACCUUGCCGACCGCGAACUGGUGGUCAACAUAGGCUGGGCCAAACACAUCCCUGGUUUCCCCUCACUCUCGCUGGCAGACCAGAUGAGUCUACUGCAGAGCGGUUGGAUGGAGAUUCUGAUCCUGCGCGUGGUGUUUCGCUCGCUGGCCUUGGAGGAUAAACUGGUGUAUGCUGAGGACUACAUCAUGGAUGAGGAGCAGUCCAAACUGGCAGGUGUACUGGACCUAAACAAUGCCAUACUGCAGCUGGUGAAGAAAUACAAAGCCAUGAGAAUAGAAAAAGAGGAAUUUGUUAUUGUCAAGGCCAUUGCGCUGGCUAACUCAGACUCCAUGCAGAUAGAGGACGUGGAGGCAGUCCAGAGGCUCCAGGAUGUGCUCCAUGGGGCCCUGCAGGACUAUGAGAGUGCCCAGCACACAGAGGACCCUCGGCGGGCAGGCAAGAUCAUCAUGACCCUGCCCCUGCUCCGGCAGACGGCUGCCAGGGCCGUCCAGCACUUCUGCAGCAUCAAGCAAGAAGGCCGUGUGCCCAUGCACAAGCUGUUCCUGGAACUGCUGGAAGCCAAGGCCUGACCAGCCAUGUGGGACUAGGAUCACAUAAAGGAAGGAUAGGGUAGUGAUGUCAUAAAGGUCAAAAUUCAUGCAGGGAGUGGUACUUGACAAGGCUAACACAGCCCUGCUCACAAACUCAGGAGGAGAGGAGAGGAGAAGAAAGGAGAGGAGGAAGGACUGACAUCACCUCAGUAACAGGGAUAACUACCUUCCAAGGGAUUUUGAUGGUAGUUAUUGAUAUGUACGUAAACAUUGCUAGUGAAAAGGAAGAAAGACACAAAACUUGAAGAUCCUCUAGGAUUAUUAUUUGUGUGAAACCAGCUCUAAGCCUGUUCAUCUUGCAUUGUAGUGCUUUAAUAACUCUUCUUUUUUUAAAUAAAAAGAACUGUGGACAGUCUUGCCAAAGAAUGGUGUGGGAUACACAGUUAAACAAUGCGGCAAAUGGUCACAAUAAAGAAUGGUGUCCCAUAAGACACAUAACUAGCAGAAGUUAGGGUCACUUGAUAUUACUGAAAUAUUUUCAGGGAAAGACAUGAAGUAAAUUUGACCCACAGAUUAUGAAGGUGAGGGGAGAAAUUGAAAAUGAGAUGUAUUUAUUGUUGGCUUGAUUAUUUUGUUGUUUUGUUUUUUAUUUACCAGUGUGGCAUUAAUGGAAAAUAAGAGGAACAAAUAUAGAUCAUUUUCGUAAGAUUUUUAAGUACUUUUGUUUUAAUAAGUAAAUAAAACAUUUUGUACUAGCUUCACAACUAAACUCAUGGCACUGAUACCUGUACUAUAACAUAGCAUCUAAGGCAAUAUAAUAAUGUACAGUGCAUUGAAACAUUGUAUUUUUUGCAUUGAGUUGUAGAUUACAGAAUUGUGCAAAACACUGCUUUUCUUUCUUAUGAUGAAGAUCUGGUGGUGGUAUUUCAAAUUUGUCUCUGUGUGUUUCUGUUCCAGGAACUAGAAAUGUCUGAAAAUCAUAAAUGUUCAAAUGAAGGGAAACUAAAUUGGUAGGAAUGUUACUACUGACAACUGUCAUGCAUUUAUUUCAGAAGUCCAUUAUUUGCUCCAUCUGUGCACUGUAAUGGAAUAAUCUGUAUAUUUUUGUGACAAAGUAUGUUAUAAAGUGUGAUCCAGCAAUACUGUGUGGAGGGGAUGUAAAUGUAUGUAUUCUGUAGGCCUAUAUAAAGUCCAGCGCCAACAGAGAUGUAACCCAUGUUCAGAUGAGAUGUACGCUACUACUACUACUACUACUACCAUUCUCAGGAUUCUAGGGCAAUAAAGAUGCUUCAAGUUUGAAA